AUGUCGCUCAUUGGCGAUCAUGUCCGUCGCCUGGACUCCUACGUCGACCGUCUGCAGUUGGCAGGUCUUGCGGAUGUCAGAGUCGAGGCGACACAGAGACGGAUAGAGACGAGGACCGGCAACAACACAAGGAAGAAGAAGAAGGAGAAGACACAGGAGACAUUGGAAUCAGUUCAUUCUCCUCUCGUUGCCGCUGCUAGAGCCCUCUCCGGCGGUCAUACCCUGAAGCCAGCCAGGGUGCUUGACCAUCUACGCCGUGUCCACAGCCUCCAGCCUACCAUAAGGGCCGCCGUCGAGGUCAACGAACGUGAAGACGAUGAUGACGAAGAAGACGAUGAUUACGAUGGAGAAGGAGGAGAUUACGAUGAUGACGCUCUAUCAGAUGGCUACACUACGAGUCUGCUCUGGCUGGUGGCAUCCAAGGCAGCGGUGCAGACGUUUGCCUCCGUUAUGACCUCCAUGGUCGACGAGACGGUCCCCCUGAGCGAUGGGAUCUGGUACUGGGACGAGGUGCUUGGAUCUGCAUUUUACUCGGGUCUCUAUACCCUCCAGACGGCGCCGGCACGCUGGGCAAGCUACCUGGCCGGCAUCUAUCAGGCCAUCCGGCAGACUCGCGCCGCGGAGGGCGUUGAUGGCACCACCGUCACCACCAACUCCAGCUCCCCCACCUUGAUGGCACGAUGGCGGGCCUUCUACCGUCUUGUCCACCGCGGCGCUCGAGCACGCUCUGUCAGUCAUGCCAAACAGUUCGUUCUCUCCCCCUUCCAGCUGGCUCGGGCUCGGGCCCGAACCAGCCGGAGAGGGCUUCGGAAGCUCAGGGAGAUGACUGCCUGUGCCGUCGGCUUGCUCAUGGAGGAGGGUCUUCUCUUCGAUGUCGAGGAUGACGAUACCGCCUCAAUUCCUGUUACCAAUACUGCUGCUGCUGCUACCUCUUCUUCUGCCUCCAAAAAGGAGAACCCGGAUGAAUGGCGGGAUAUCGUCUCGCGGACCACCCUGCUGAUGCAGACCGUCCUCCAGCAUGUCAACGACCUGGACACCGACCUGGCCGGGUUCGAAGACAACGUCUUUUCCACGGUCGAACGCGGCAUCGAGGCCAUGGAGGACUCGUUCGCCCUCGAAGGGGCAGGGACUGCUGGCCGCACCGCCAACCCUACCGACCAGGCCUACCAGGUGAUCCAGCAGCUCAUCGACGUGCUCGAGUACCAUCUGCCUCACCAGCACGAGCAGUCUGGCCUGCUGGCCCGCGAGUAUGCCCGUCCGUCCAGGCUGACACGCUACUGGCCUGCAGCCCUAACCCUCCUCCUCUCCUCCAGCACCAUCCUCAACAUCCUCACCAAUAGGCGGGCGGAGAUGCUCACCUGGCUGCGGGAGCUCGUCUCCACCGCCUCCGACUUUUGGACCAACUGGAUCAUCCAGCCUUUGACCAGGCUCGUCGGUACCAUCCGGCAUGACGAAAAGAGCGAAGUUGCCCUGAUGAGCAAGAAUAGCCUCGACGCUGACUUCUCCAGCCUCGAGCGCAUGGUUGUCGACUUUGUGCGCAACCGCCCCGCCCAGAACAUCGGGGCUCCCCAUGGGGAUACUCCCGACGCCCUCGACCUCAUCAGGCAGGGGGUGCGGCAAGGUGACUUGACCCCUGUCCUGCGAGCGUACGAACGGGACCUGCAGCGACCCUUCAUUGGCGCCAUCCGAGGCGACCUCGUCACCGCCCUGCUCAUCCAGAUCCAGAAGACGAAGGUGGACGUCGAAGUGGCCAUCAGCGGCAUCAACUCCAUCCUCAAGAGUCAGGAACUCGUCUUUGCGUUUAUCGGGCUGACGCCCAGCAUCCUGAUAUCCUACUCUGCAGUACAAUGGGCUGCCAGCCUGCUCGGAAGCAGGAGGGGACUACGGCAAGGCCAAAGACGGGGUGCAAUCGUUCGUUCUCUCAGGACUGUCAACCGCAUCCUGAUGGCCUCUCCCUCACAGACGGGAGUCCUCUCGUACAAGGACCACGGCCUGCUGCUAUGUGAAGCGGAGACGCUGCGACGUAGAGCCGAGCGAGUCUUGCCUGGAGUCAUCUAUCAUGAGUUCCACGAGGAUCUGAACGACCUGCUGAACGUGAGAUCCGGGGUCGCUCGGCAGAUGAAGGUGGUCGACCAGAUCAGAUGGACAUAUUCCAAGUGGCUUUCUGCGUAG